AUCGGAUGAGGAAGACAGGGCCAUACCGACUAGAAAUGGAGGCGAUCGUCGAACCGUACGUGAGGAAGUCCACAGCACUGCCAAUGCGAGGGUUGGGCAUAUUGAAAGAGGAGGAACCCACCUUUGCCUCCAACACAUUCCCCAACAAGCAACCUGGGACUGUGGCAUCGCUUGUUUGCAGAUGAUAUUGACCCAUGUCGCGGCCUCUGCCCCUUUCUCCUCCCUCUCGAUCCCUCCUUCCCGGGAUGCCCUGCUCGCCCGCGUUGGGACCCGGUCGAUCUGGACCAUCGACUUGCUCUACCUGCUCAAGCCGUACCUGACAGGGAGUCAGCGCGCAGUCUUCCUUGUCACCGCGUCCCCCGGCGUCUGCGUCCGGCAUGCGACGCUGUCUUACUACACCAAGUCGGGGCAAUUCGGGGUGGACAGGCAGCGAGUCCUCCGCCUUUUUCGAGCCGCCCCUGGGAAUGGACUCAGGGUCUACGAAGGGAGCCUAUCCUGGGAAGACUUGAGGGAUCUGGUGUGCACAGGACGGGUUUUGCUCGUCCUGCUCGUCGACCAACGGCUGCUCCCUUCCU